AACAAAUCGAGGAGGCUAAAUUGCAGUGUAAGGGGAAAGUGUAAUCUGGGGUUUGGCACCAAAACUUUGACAAAACAUAAGCUACUGUUCCUUUGAGAGUAUCAAAUCUAUUUUCAUGGCUGAGUCUGCAGUUUCCUUCGCUGUCGAAAGGAUUGGCGACGCACUCCUUCAAAAAGCAAUUUUCUUGAAAGGGGUGCAUGAGCAAGUCGAUCGGAUGCAGAGAGAGCUGAAGCGGAUGCAAUGCUUCUUGAAAGAUGCGGAUGCAAAGCAGCAAGAAGAUGAGAGGGUGCGCCACUGGGUUUCUGAGAUCCAGGAUGUUGCUUAUGAUGCUGAGGACGCUAUAGAUGCCUUUAUCUUCAAUGUAGAGUCUGGAAGGACAAAGUUCUUCCCCUGCCGCAUGUUCAAAAAGGUGGUGAGUUCUUAUAAGGUUGGCAAGGAAAUUGAAGCCAUCCAAAUUAAGAUCCAGGACAUCUCGAAGAGUCGGGAAACGUACGGAAUCAAUAGCAUUGGAGAAGCAAUUGGCCAAGCAGGUCAGAGGCUACAAAAGCUAAGAUAUAUCUCUCCUCUUGUAAAAGAAGAGAUUAUUGUGGGCCUCAAGGAAGACACUGAUAAGCUCGUGGAGCAGCUUGUGAAAGGGGAUGAAAGACGCCGUGCCGUUUCUAUAGUAGGAAUGGGCGGCAUAGGCAAAACUACUCUUGCCAAAAAAGUCUACAACGAUAGCCGAGUCAUGGGUUAUUUUCGGUUUUGUCGUGCCUGGGCUUAUGUAUCCCAAGAUUGUAGACCCAGAGACGUUUUCCAGAAUAUUCUAAACCAAAUUCCCUAUAAACCAAAUGAAGAUGAAGCAAAGAAGAUAGAGAAAAUGCAAGAGCACGAGUUCGGGGAUUUCCUUCACGAGCGUCUGAAGGAGAAAAGAUUUUUGGUAGUUUUGGAUGACAUAUGGGAAAGUGACGAUUGGAAAUGCCUUGCAAAGGCGUUCCCAGAGGAGAACAAUGGCAGCAGAUUACUUCUUACAACUAGAAACAAGAAUGUUGCUUUGCAAGCAGAUGCUCAAAGUGUUCCCUACGAAGUGAAACUUCUCUCCGAAGAAGAGAGUUGGAAGUUGUUUUGUAGAAGUGCAAUCCCUGGCAAUGUUACCGAGAGUUGUCCUCCAGAGUUAACGGAACUUGGGGAAAAGAUGGUGAAGAAAUGCGCUGGUUUACCAUUGGCUAUUGUUGUAUUGGGAGGCUUGCUAUCAUCCAGAACGCAGUUACUGACUGUGUGGGAAGAAGUGUUCAACAAACUCCGGGCGCACUUCGCAGUAAGCAAUGGAGUAGAUGCAAUAUUGAGCUUAAGCUACAUCGAUCUGCCCCACAACUUGAAAUCCUGCUUUCUUUAUCUAGGCCUCUUUCCAGAAGAUAAGGUAAUCUCCAAGAGACGUUUACUCCUUCUAUGGAUUGCGGAGGGUUUUAUUACACAACAAGAUGAACAGAGACUGGAGGACACCGCUGAGGAUUAUUUGAAUGAGUUAAUCAACAGAAACUUGGUUCAAGUGGUGUCAGUGAGUGUUAAUGAGAGAGUCACACGAUGUCGGAUUCAUGAUCUAGUACGGGAUUUAUGCAUAAAAAAGGCGAAGGAGCAAAACUUUUUUGAGAUUAAAAAUGACAUAGUUUCUCCUUCCUCAACUAGUUCAUCUCUCCCUUCAACCAAAUCCCGUCGACUAGGUAUCUAUUUAGACUUCAAGAGGCAUAUAUUUUAGUGAUUGGCAACAAAAUGACACAAGCGAGUUCACUAGCCUUCGAAAAUUGAAAAUAGAAGUGGAUGAUGU